AUGGAUACACGGUUCAUGUUGGUAACGAUCGGUCUGAUCAUCGCUGCUGCUGUGACUCAGUCUGACCUGUUCGCUGUGUGUUCGCUACAGGUUCUGGGUUUUGACUGGAAGAACUGUGGGAAGCCAGAUGCUCCAGCUGUGCUGAAAACUCUGACUCUGUCUCCAGACCCCAUCGCCAUCCCAGGAGACCUGACGGCCUCGGCCUCUGGAUCCACAUCUGUGGAGCUGUCUGCCCCUCUGUCUGUGAACGUGACCCUGGAGAAGGAGGUGGCAGGUUUCUGGGUGAAGGUUCCCUGUGUGGAGGAGCUGGGCAGCUGUCACUAUCGGGACGCCUGUGAUAUUCUGAACCAGCUGAUCCCGCCGGGUCAGGACUGUCCUGAACCGCUGCACACCUACGGCCUGCCCUGCCACUGCCCCUUCAAAGCUGGCUCGUACUCUCUCCCUCAGUCCGACUUCUACCUGCCCGACAUGGAUCUGCCGUACUGGCUGACUAACGGGAACUACCGGGUCCAGGGCGUCCUGGGCGGCCAGGGCAAAGAGCUGGGCUGCCUCAAACUGGCUCUGUCCAUUCACUCCGACUAAACGGUCAGGAGGUUUCAGCUUUUUGUUUAUUUGCACGUAAACAUGAUUGAAAAUUGGGAAACAAAAGCAGAAGUUGCACAAAGUCCUGGGACUGAUAAAGCUCACAGGGGUCUGGGAAAAGUUUUAAUGAGGAAUAAGAGACUCCAGAGUUCGUCAACAAUCAGUCUGAUAAGAAGUCUGACAGAAACGCUUCAAAACAAAUAGUUAUUGAUCCGGAGUUACCGCACCUUAGUUUAAUUUUAUUUCUCCAGGAAACAUCUCAUAUUUCUGAGAGAGUCUUCUCUCCUCUCAGACUUCUGACUGUACAGUACGUACACUUUAAUAUAUGCAGCCUGAUUUGAGUAUUAUCCAGGUAUGAUUUGGAUAUUUUUUUAAAACGUUAACAACCAAGAAGAAGCGAAAGCCCUGAAACAGUUUCCUGUUUGGUUUACUUAUUUUUUUUAAACAUCUUUAGACCACAGAUUUUAUCUGACAACUUUCUAGUCUUAAUUUAGUUUCUGAAGAGGUAUGGGAGCCUGUUGGACCCAAAUCUCACGAAUGCCUGGUACGUAUUUGUUUUGAUUAUUCUUUCUUCUAAAACUAGAAUUAAACUCAGUAAAUAUUAAAGAUUAAAAACAAUCAGCAGCUCAGAAAACUAAAGAGAAAAUGAAACUGGUGCAGAGAAUAAAGAGGAAGGAGCUGUUCACAUGCUGAGUCGAGCAGCUUCAGAUCUGAAACAGAUUUUUUUUUACUUCUCCACAGUGAACAGCUCCAUCAUCUUUUCUUUUUUCUUGCUGUCUAAUUCAGCUGAGAUACACAAUCAAACAUUUCCAGGACAUUUAUAUGUAAAGAUUUUAAGUGUGUUCUCCAGUAGCCUUCACACGUUGCCUGUUGAACAGUUUAUUUUUGUCUUUGUUGAAGGUUUCUUCCCUUUAAGUUGAAAUAUUGAACAGUAAGACGAGGCAGAGCUGCUGCAGUGCCUUCUGCUCUUAAUAUCUGUCUCAGUGUUUCAGAUUAUUGGCAGAAUAAACCUGAUGAAGCUUCAGAUCAGACGUCACACGUGUCAAAGAAUUUAAAUUUGUAAACUUUAUUGUCCAUCUAAUCUGAUGGAAAAACAAAUGUAGCAUCUUCUGUCAUUUUGUGAUGAAAUGCUCCUUUAAUUGUUUUUUAUAUAAUAACAGCCUUCAUAUGUUAUUUUGUUGUUUUGUAUCUUUGCCUCAAUCACUGGAUCAAUUACAUUUGUUUUAAUGGGAAAAGGGUUUUUCUUGCUGGGAAUUAUUACUUAAUCAUUUUUGUUACUUUUUCUUUGAUGAAUUUGAUUGUGAUUUUUUUCUGGUUAUGUUUUACUGAGUGCCUGAUCAGAGAAAUAUUUACAAGUGCAGUGAAAUGAACGACAGAUUAAACAGAGAGAGCUGAUGUUUGAUGUUGAUUAAGUCUGAUUUUAAUUUGCCUGAAAGGUUUAAUCUGUUUUCUACCGAGACAAAUGCUGAAGUCAGGUUUGUCAUUGAUUUCACACAGUGUACAGUUUGUAAUAAACUUUAUCCUAUGAA